AUGUCCCCUCGUGAUGACCCUUUGUCCCUUUACACGGAUGGGUCUUCCGCCUGUGUUCUGCACUUCUUUGACCCCACUACCUUUGGUGGUCUAGUGUGGACUUACCUCGGAGUAGAGGAGUGGGCCAGAUUGGCACAGUGUUGCCGUAUGACCAGAGCAUGGUCUCGGUUAAUAACAGAGACCUCUAGGGCCCAGGGGUAUCCCCAAUGGCUUGGGGCCUGUACGUCCGUAGUCGAGCUUGCCCUCAUGGCCAGGUCUAGUCGCUUGGCUAUGGGGGCCUUCAUCCUCAGGGUCGCUUUGGAACCCCAACAGGUACGGGACGCUGGAGACGCCAACGGUCGCGCUAUAUUGGACAUUCUCAUGGACGAAAGGCUGCUUGGUCUGGCUGGCCAUGUUGUUCGAGCUGGCCCUUCCGUGUGCAGAGUCACUAGAAUGACCACAGAUGCCCUCAUGACCGCGGUCUACAAAGGCGAUGAACGGGCUGUUGAAGUUUUGAGCCGGUCGGGCAUUGACCUUGGAACGGUGACCACUAUACCGAUCGAGGUCUCGGCCGAUGGUGUACCCCAACAGACCACCAGCGCCAUGGACCCUCUCAGUCUAGCCAUCUGUACAAGGCGAGGGAGUAUAGUAGAGAUUCUCCUGGAGGCCGGAAGUGAACCAUCUGCUCAGUCUCUCGCGUGGGCGAUUGAUCGCAAGGAACCGUGCAUGCUUAGACAAAUGCUGCGGUACAUACCCUCCCCUCUGCCGAGCAGUCUGCAGUUUUUGCUCCACAUGGCGGCCUCCUCAGGGGUCCCUGACUGCGUUGACGCCCUCCUGUCCGUUGGUUGUGAUGUCAACGGUGAGGACCCCGAAGGUAUGAGACCACUCGAUCUGUGUCCUCGGAGGGGGAAGGCCUACACCCUCAUACAGCGUGCAGAUCGGUCGUGUGCUGAACAACGACUAUUAGAUUGGCAUCUGGUGGCAGCGUCGGCUUGUGGGUCUCGCAUAGCCGUCGAAGCACUACUGGACUGGGGGGCCGACCCCUCUGCCAUGGUCAAGUCGUCAUCACCUCCCAAUAGGGAUGUCUGCACGAUAGAGACUAAUCGUCUUCAUCCUGCUAAGGUUGACCCCAUUCCACUGCGGAAAUUCUCCAUGACGGCUCUGCAUGCUGCUGCUUGUCGAGGGCAUUCAGCUGUCUGUGAGACUCUCAUGAGCAAUCCUCGUACACACAUGCACCACCAAGCUGCCCGACUAGCACGUCAGUCUCUAUGGUGGAAUCCACUAGUAGAAGGACCCAAUCGCUCGCCUGUUAUGUUGUCUAAUCGUGGCCGAGUUGCUUCUGAGCUCGCCUGGGAGGCCGGGUAUUCUAAGCUUGCUUCGAAACUGGAUUGGGAGAUGAUUAUUCGUAAAGUUUGUGAGGACGCCAAUGCAGCGACCGUUCCACAAGGUGAGACUGUAUCAGGAGUGGCACCAGCCGAGUGUGCUAAGGCACGAGCAUGA